AUGGUCGCCAAGCCGAGCGACGAGUCGCACCACGACGGUGGCAAGUGCCGCUACAAGACGGGCAAGUGCCUCAACGACCGCUCGUACAAGCGCAACGGGCAGUUCCACCAGCUCUGCAACUUUCACCGCGAAAAGGCCAACCGCAUUCAGCGCAAGUUUGACCGCCAAAAGCGCAUCGUGGCCAAGUCGGCCAAGUCGACCGACAAGAAGACGCUCGGCGACUUGAGCCCUAUGACGCACCGCAGCAGCGACGACUUCCUCUCGGACACGGACUCGUGCGGCCGCCCGUCCACCGACAGCUCGUGCAGCGAAAGCUUCUUCAGCAUCGAACACACCAUCUGCGCCGAGCCCGUGCCCGUGCACUCGCCCGAGGCGCACCGCGGCCGUCUCUCGUUCGACGAGCUCGACUUUCUCUGCUCCGCGAUCCUCUAA